AUUUACGAACUUUGUGAAAUACGCACAUGAUACAAACUGCGAAAUCAAAUUCUGUCUUCUGUAUAUGUAAAACGUAAGGAACUUCAAAAUAAUGUGUGCGACAUUCAUUUAUAUUUGACCAUAUCUACAAGUGAUCAUGCGUUAGUUUCGGAUCACCUGUCAAUGUUGCACGAGCAGACGACAUUUUACUAAAAUUUUAAUUCACCAAGUUAACAUAAAUGAAAGAUGCCGCAAGUAUUUCAAGUGCUGCAGUGUUACAGCUGCCAGAUGUUUCAAGUACAACAAGCAAAGAAAUCUAACAAGUGGACUUGUAAGAUGUGUGGAGAAAAACAGUCCAUUAAGAAGGUGUUUGGUGAAGGGAGUGGCGCAGAAUGUAGACAACAUGUUCAAGAGAUGAAUCGCCUGUAUGGAGAACAACAAUCACAACAGCUGCACCAGUGUGUCGCACCAGAGACAUCGUCAACAGGGUUCGAUAGUCAACCACGUUCCACAGUCCAGCAACAACAGAUAGGAAACGCCAGUCGGUGGUCUAGCUACAUUGACGAACCUGCUUCAGGACUGACUGAUGAAGAAGACUGUGAUGACUACUUCACAGUGGACAAACAUGACACCAAACAGAGAAACAAAAGACAUGAACUGAAACUAAACACUGUUCGCACUGGUCUUUGUUCAAGCUACAGGAAAAGAUCACAACCUGAUGAUAGCCAGAAUAUGCCGUCCAGUACUGAUGGGCGGCAGACUUACAAGAGGUUACCGGUGUUUGGUCACGGUAAUUACCAUACUGAGUACUCAGGCUGUUUAAAUCUCAGCGACCAGCGAAUGCAAAACACAGAAAGACUGAACCGAAAAAGGACUCGAGUAGACUUGAACCAUACAGAGAGUUCCUGUUUCAAUGAUGAUAACAUUGGUUUACAAUCAGGAAUAUUACUUGUGGAUUCAAUGAAAACAGGAUCCAAAGACAGGUUGCUGGCAGAGUAUGAAGAAUGCCCUGACAUGGGCAUCUUGCUUGAAAACGAAGACAAGCCAGACACGAUAUCUCUUAACAUUAAUAGAACAUCUGUAAAAAUAAGGCAAAAAAAUAAUUUUUCUGAUACCCCAAAAGUUGUCUCUUCCAGCAAAUGGUCUGUGUUUAUUGACACUGUUGACAGUAACCAGUCAGAUUCCAGUGACGACAGUCAACAUUCAUCCUUUCCAGAGAUGUUACAAUUGAGGGCGAAAACAAGCAGCUUCAAAGAAAACGGAGAGAAACCAUUUAGAGAAGACAGCAUGGUUUCAUCAGAAGAUUUGGACAUUCCUAAUAAUGAAGGGAAAACAAUUGAAGAAUCCUCAAAACAAAUUGAAGAUUCUAAGAAGUAUUUUACAAAAUACAAAGUAAGGAUGGAUUCUGUAUCUGAUACUUUCGGCAUUUUCUUAUCGGAUGAGAACAAAGUGAACAAAAAGUCUUCUCCAGGUAAUAAAUUGAUGGAAUUGUGUGAUAAAAUAGACGAUGCUACUCAGUGCGAUAAUGAUGUUGUCGGUAACAUGUUUAACAUAGGAGAUCUUAGCGAAGAAGAUUUUGAACUGAAUAUGUGAUCAAACGACAUAGUAAUUACUUUAUAUGAUACACUUGGGAGAUAACCAUAUGGAGUUUUUAGAUUUGCGGGUGUUAUUGUCUAUUUGAUUCUGCAAAUGUCAUUUUUGACCGAAGGUGUUAACCUGAGGUGAAAAAUGAAACAUUUUUGGGCAUCAAAUAGACAAUAACACCGGCAAAUCUAAAAACUCAAUAUGGUUAUGUCUAUUGUAAACUGAAUUGUUUUUCUAUGGAACUAACUGUGUAUUUAGUAUUUCUGGUUACAAUCUAACUGUAAACCCUUGAAUCGUCAACUUCGGCUGUUCCAAUUACUAAUGACAUCAUUAGCUUUCCAGGUGUUAUUUUCAUUUGAGCCUGGAAUUUUUUUUUAAUUAUCCAAUCACAAUACAGAACACACUUGCCAUCAGUUUACAAUGGGUUUUAUUGUGUGGUUGUUGUGUUUUGGGGGAUUGUAAAAAAAAGUUAAAUGAUUUACCUAAAUAUAACCAGUUUAGUAGUAGUAACUGUUAUAGUUGAGAAGUCUAGCUUCAUUAUCAAUUAAAAGUCUUACCUAUAACAUAGUGGUGUUCCAGUGAUAGAUUAUAAUAGAAAGAAUUGGUUGGUGGGGCUCUACUGGUGUGCUGAUUGAUUAUAAAACACCAUAAUCGAUUUUCGUGGAAAAUGUCAACUGUUAAUGUUGAUUGUUUCUCUAAUUACCGGUAACAUGAUGGAAUUAAUGUAAAUAUGUUUUCAUGUGUACACAAAGAAAAAAGGUAUUAAAUAGUUAUUAAAAGUAAAAUUAGCCAUUCCUGGUGAACAUGAUAAUACAUGUACUGUGCAUGAUCCUUAUAAUUCAAAGCCUUACUGAUUGAAAACAUAUUUUAUUGCAUAAACAACAAAAGGAUUGGGCAGAAGUUUGCAAACUUACUAGGCCCUCUUCUAUAUACAUACA